UUCUGCGCCAACCUCCUCCACUCUCAUCGCCGUCCGCCACCCUCCCCCUCUCACUCUUCCACGUCUAACUCUCAAGGUCACCGCGCCGUCGUCGCGCGCAUGACACUCACCCGAGGGGAACCGUCGUCCCCGGAGGCAGAAUCAUCCGCCAUCCUGCUCCCCUCUCUGCCGCUCUGGCUCUUUGGCUCUGCAACUACAUGUUUCUCUACCUCUAACUAUCUGCGACAGUGUAACUGCAUCUCUUCCUCUCUGGUCUCUGGUUCGCUGUUGCUCUUCUUCUCGCCUUCGCCGCCAGUUCAGCAACAUGUUGUGCAACAACUAGAAAAGAGAGAAGCACAAGUAAUUGAGGAGGAACAACAGCAGGCAACGGUGGUGGCACCACGAGAGAAAAAGGAACCACCGGCUACUGUGUUGGCAGAAUCUGUGGAAACGGAAACAGAGCAGGCACUAGUGGUGAUAACUGAUAAGAAUAGAGGAAAUGGAACCACAGCAGACAUUAGUAGUUAGUGGGAAAAAAACUAAGUGGAAAAUAAUGGUGUGCUUGCUUAUCUACUGCAUUAGCCAAACAAAAAUAAUUAAGCAGCACUUUCUUGAUUAUCCCUGACCCUAUUUUGUAGUCAAUUAGAUGCACAAAUAGAAUUGAAGUUAGUCCACAAGUUGGAACAUGAAGCCAUAUUUUUUUUUCCUUUGCUCUCUCCCUCUCUCUCCUCUCCCUCUUGUCUUUCAAACACAUCUUAUUUUGGAUGAUGUAUGAUGUAUUAUAGUAGUGUAUCAAUUGUUAGAAAGUAGA